UGCGGCCUCCGAGAUCGCUGUCUUCUCUUUACCUACCCACUCCUAUAUGCGGUAGGAGACUUCAGUUUCAACACCUACCAAAAAAUGCUCGUACAACUAAAAUGCCCAAAGUUAAAUUUGAUUCAGGCGCAUUCAUGACUCGCUGACCAACCCUCAUUUGCCGCCGCGAUUGAUAUCUGAUUACGGCUCCUCUCUUCUCUCUCGGCAACCCAUCGUCUUACUCCCAGCUCUGUAUCCGUUUUCUGCUUUAAUGGAGACCAUCCUGCCUCGGGUCAAUCCUGUUAGCAUUCAAAACCAUGAUAUAUCCCGGCCGUCAAGGCUCUGUAACCUCGUUGCUCACCAGAGAUGGCGUAAAGAUUGCAGCUUUUUGUUAUACAAUUCGAAGGGGUUGAAGGGCUAUAGCAUUCGCUCAGUUAAAGCUGUUGCUACUUCUCCGGGAAUGGGAAAGAAAAGUAGAGUGGAUGAGACAAAGAGCUAUACUUUAGAUGGCAUAAGAAGUUCUUUAAUUCGGCAAGAGGAUAGCAUUAUAUUUAGCCUUGUCGAGAGAGCUCAAUAUUGUUACAACCCUGACACAUAUGACCCUGAUGCUUUUCUGAUGGAAGCUUUCCACGGCUCGUUGGUUGAGUACAUUCUUAAAGAAAACGAGAAGCUUCAUGCUAAGGCUGGAAGGUACAAGAGCCCCGAUGAGCACCCUUUCUUUGGAGAUGAAUUGCCUGAACCAUUGUUGCCACCCCUUGAAUACCCACAGGUUUUGCAUCCAGCUGCUAAUUCAAUCAAUAUUAACAACAAAAUAUGGGACAUGUACUUUAAAAAUAUUCUACCACGGUUAGUGAAAAACGGCGAUGAUGGUAAUUGUGGAUCAACAGCAGUAUGUGACACUCUUUGCCUCCAGGCGCUCUCGAAGAGAAUUCAUUAUGGAAAAUUUGUAGCAGAAGCAAAAUAUCAGGCGGUACCUGAAGUGUAUAAUGCUGCCAUAAUAGCACAAGACAGAAACAAGCUGAUGGAACUGCUGACCUAUCCGACAGUCGAAGAAACAAUAAAAGAUAGGGUAGAGGUGAAAACAAGAACAUACAGUCAAGAUGUGCUGCCUAUCAGCUUACAGGGGAACGAUAGUGAUCCGGUAUACAAGAUAAACCCGAGCUUAGUUGCUGAUAUAUAUGGGGAUUGGAUCAUGCCUUUGACAAAGGAAGUGCAGGUGCAAUACCUAUUAAGAAGACUUGAUUAAGUGAACUGCAAAGGCCUGAUAAAUAGUCAUUGUCAUGUUGUGCCAUUCCGGUCUCUGGAUAAACCCGUUGUUGCAGAAAAGCUAUUAUGUAUAAAUGCAUGGAGGUAGUUUUCCAAAAGAUGAAGUGUAAUGUGGAAGUAUCAUAGUUUUCUGUUUACUUACCAUUGUUGAUAAACAUCUUCUAAUUUGUUUUCCAUCUUGUACUUCAUACUUAACCUAGGCCCUUACCACCUAACCCCAACCCUUACCCCCAC